AUCUGUACGGGAACAUACAAACAGUCCAUUUCAAAUGAAAACAUUACCAAGAAUUUAGUUUCCCAUGCAAACGCUGUCGUCUGUUCGUUCGCUCGCUUUUCCAAGUGUUUUUACGGUAAUAAAGCGUAAUAUGUCACAUCCGAGCGUAAAAUUAGCAUUAAUUGAUCUUAGUGGAACGCUGCAUGUCGACCAUCAACCAACUGAGGGAGCUGUUGAUGCGCUGAAAAGACUUCGUGCACAUGGCGUUAAGGUAAAGUUUGUAACCAACACAACGAAGGAAAGUGUUGGCUCGCUGUUCGCAAGGCUAUGCAAAAUAGGUUUUGAGCUAGAGCGAGAAGAAAUCUACGGAUCUUUAGCGGCCGCGGCCGAAUACGUACGCAAAAACAACCUCAAUCCGUACUAUCUCUUGACGGAUGAUGCCCGCACCGAUAUGCCGCCGAACGACCCCACGCGCCCGACGGAUUCAGUUGUGGUGGGCCUUGCACCGGAACGUUUCAUUUAUGAGCAUAUGAACGAAGCGUUUCGUGUGCUGCGCCAGAACAGGGAUGUUCAGCUAGUGGCCAUCCAUGAAGGGCGGUAUUACAAGGCCAAGGACGGUAUCGCACUCGGGCCCGGUUGUUUUGUAAAAGGGCUCGAGUAUAGUUCGGGCGUGGCGGCUGUUUGCAUCGGAAAACCAAAUGAAUACUUUUUCCGCUCGGCCUUGCCGGAAGGAGUUGCUGUUGAAGAGUGCGUCAUGAUUGGCGAUGAUCCUAACGACGAUUGUCUAGGUGCGAUGAGCACUGGAAUGAAGGGCUACCUGGUAGAGACAGGAAAAUAUCAACCGGAAAUGUACAGCAAGGAGAACCGACCAGCUGUGAGUGGCAUUUUUGCCACUUUUCGUGACGUGGUGCAGCAUAUAGUAUCGGGAGGACAGUAAACCAAAGCAGCGGAGAUGGAACGUGCGCGGCGAAAGUGUGAGCGAAACCCCCGGGAGCGAGACACCUUGUUGUAUACACCUUGGUUAGCCAGGCGAACUGUCAAACAUCUCGUGGACGAUCUGUCGAAACGAAAACAAAAAAGAAUCUUGGUUCGCGCACAAGUCGAAUUUUGCUCGCUGCUUCCUCCGUCUGGUCCAAGCGAUUUAAAUUACACAUAAAAAUGGACAAGGAAGUCGCUGUCGUCCAACGUAAACUGGAAGCAGAGUUGAAAAACUUUCAAGAUUCAAUAAAAGAAUACUCGAAGCUCGUACAAACGCAGCAACAGCUCGAUGGGCAGUUUUUCGAGAACAAAAGCAUUCUGGAAGAGUUGCAAAUGCUGAAGCCAACCAAUACGGUGUACAAGCUGUACGGUCCGGUACUGGUGAAACAAGAUCUCGAGGAAAGCAAACAGAAUGUGGGCAAGCGUAUCGAGUACAUCUCGAAGGAGCUAAAGCGCUGUGCGGAAAACAUUAGCCAGCUAGAGCAGAAGCAGGAUAAGUAUCGGGCGAACCUGCAGAAGCUGCAGCAACAGUACCAGAGCCAAAAGGCGAUGGCUAAUUAGUAAAGGCGGAAAGUAAAGUUAUGGGUGGCAUUCAACAACCUUUCUAACCUAUAUAACAUCGCACCGGGCUGCAGUAAAAUUGUUGAUUACAUCGCAUAAACAAAGCAGUCGCCCAUGUGGGUCACGUCGUAUUGAUUUAACACGUGUGAGGAAGGUUACGGGAGUUGGUUGGAAAGAGAGAUUCUCUAAUUAAGCCCUAAAAAUCCUGCCUUCGAAAGCAUAAUCGUUAAGGACCGGAAUAAAAUCGACCGAAUUCAA